AUCCAUCAAAGUUGAACCACAUAUCGCUAUAGCUCUCCGCAGAACAAGAUGAAGGCCUCAUACUGAUGAGCGCAAAGAGUUAUCCACAUAUCUCGACGCGGUCGGUUCCGAUUGCCGUAACGCUGACAUCGUGACCGUUCUGCCUGAGCAUGGGCGCCGCGUGGUGCCACCAUAUAAGCUCAGGAGGACGAAAGCUCUCCUAGUUUCCCAACUACAGCUGCCUGCGAUGCAAUCCAUUCAUGGUUUCUCCACAGAAAAGCCUGCUGCAAGGUCUGGCUCUUUAAGACCUACCACAUCACUUCUCACCGUACGAUAUGGUCGCAACAGCAGAGCUACCCGCCAUUACGCUACCAUCGCAGCCGGUUUUGGUUCAUAUAACAUAGAGAAAGAACCGAUCUCUCCCCCCCACGGUUGUUCGGCAUAUAUCCACCCAGAAGGACAACUAUACUUUGCAUGUGCAACGACGCCUCCAGUUGUCACGGAAGCGUACCUCUAUUCCGAUAAGAAUCAAGAAGCGAUCGUUUACUGGAUAGAACAGUUCAACAAGCUCUUGGAUGCAAGAAGGAUUAUUCUCCCGAAAACUGUUGAACUGUUCCUACAGCUGUCUGACGAAUCAGAUGACUGCCUGUACUAUCUGGUGGACUACGCAACACAUGUGGCAUUUUGGAUAGAAGACGAGAUUGCAACGGAGGAUUUGUGGUUUCCCGAAGUUGCAUCGAAGACACACUUGCGAAUACACUUGACGGAACAAUACUGGGCGCAUGUGGAAUAUUUUUCGGCACAUAGAUGCAGCGAGCUAUCCAUGUCAAAUCUUCAUGUGGACGAGCUUGCUACCGUGUUCCUGCAUGGACGCGCAGAUCGAUUGACUUCUGCGACCUCCACCUUUCCGUACGAUGCUGCACAAUGCUCCGACUUCCUUGAAGUUUUGAAUUCUGCACGGACAUGCGCUGUGAAUGCGCAUACAGUGACUACGAUAGCUCGGCUUUGGGUCAUUAUCACGCAUUACAGGUUCAACAAUCUCUAUGGCGAUCUGAAUGCGCGCCUAUCUAGCGAUCAGUCUGUCCUGGAACUCCCUGUUCUCUCCCGAAGCAGGUUGUUUUCCAUAGCCUCUCAGCUACUGUUCAAAAUUCCUGAUGCUUAUGAAGCGGAGCUGGAAUCGUUGUGGGUAGAUGAACUUGUUCAUCAAGAAGCGUGGCGUGCAGCCGCGAAAUCUCGCAGACUCGAAUGGGCUCUGUGCAGCUCAUGGGCUUUCGCUCUGCUGAUCGUCAACCUGAUGCUCCUCAUGUUGCCCUCGAUAUCGCGUCCACUUGCCUUCGCUUCCAUUUUGAUGUGCAACAUUUCUGUCGUGUCCUCCGCUGUACUUCUCCAGCGCAAUCGCGCGGCGCCGGGCUAUGUUGCAGAUCAGGCUGUGAGAUACUUGACGCAUGGCUUCCGCUCCCGCACUGAUUGAUUUCAUAUUGGACAGGCGGCUUUCCUCUGGGA